AUGAAGAAAAAGCUAUUACUCCAAGUAUUCACUCUGCUACUCGUAAUCUCAUCUCUCCAUGCAUUCCAAUCCGAUGAACUUCUUGUAGACGACGAAGAGUUCGGUCUCGAGGGAGGGAAUCGUCAACCUAAAGAACGAAUCCCUGAUCCGGUGGUUCCCACCAGAUCAACUCCUACCCGGAGGAAGUAUUCGGAUUCAGAUUCGGAUUCAAAGAUCCAAAUAACCCUUGAACACGCCUUUGGUGACACCGAUUUCUUCCCUGCUGCUACCUUCUCUGCUCGCCUCAAAACUUGGAGUCACGGUGCCCAGACGCUGACAAAGCUUCGGUUUUCAAGAAAUGCUUUUACGGAGGUGGAGAAACAGAAAUUCCAAAAACUGCUGGAGCAUGAUGAGUUUUACAGUAUAAGGUUGCCUUCUAAUGUUUUGAACUCUCCUGGAGAGGACUUUGUAAUGUCAUCUGUCAGAGCAAGAUGUCUUCCACGGGAUGGCUUGGAUGAGCUCUUUGUUAUACACACGAAGAAUGUCAUUCUCCUAGUAAAAUUGGGUGCUCUUAGGCACCGAGGGAGACAGGAAGGUGUUAAUAUCUUGGCUGUUAAUUAUGGUUCUCCUGGGUCAUGCCCCUAUCCACGGCAAAUGAAACUUCCUGCAAAGUGGUCAUUCAACUCUCAUACAGUUCUGAAGAAUAGUGAGCAGGCACCGAGAACUCCAAUAUUUUCUGAGGAUACACUGGGAGAACAAGGAGAGGGUGAAGCUGUACCACUGCCAGAAAGGUCCUUCUGGGCUAAAUAUUGGAUGUACCUGAUCCCUCUUGGACUCAUAGUGGUGAAUGCCAUAACCCAAGCAAUGAAUAUCCCUGAGGAACAAGCUACUGGCCAAUCAGGUGCCCAACCAGCUGGAGCAAUCCAGCGCGGGCCCAGUCCUGCUGUGCGAAGAAGAUGA